AUGUCAUUUUCAUGUUUUCAGUUAGUCGGCGAUUCCCACAGACAAGUGCGAAUCAUUGCUUUGCGAAUACUGCUUUAUUUCGCCAACAAGAUACCGAACUUUUUGAUCGCCAGUGCUUUUUCGAACGCAAUGGACACUAAGUUACAGCUUUGCGAUGAUGCCUUCUCCGUCGUCUGUGAUGCUGUCAAUGACCAGGAGGUUAUGGUUAGAACAGAAGCAGCUACAAUACUGGGGCAAUUCUCCACUGUUUCUGACGCCUUUCUUGAUCAAACCCUUGACAAGAAGAUGAUGAAGACCGUACAGGAUGCAAGUGGAAGAGAGCAGGUGAAGAAAGUGCAUCAGUCGAGAUUUGCCAUCACGCAAACACCACAGCAACGGGAAUCACGCUGGAAGUCUCACUAUCAUGAUCAAUCACGCCAUAAACAAUAUGCUUCGGAUUGGUCAUCUGGGAAAGAACUGAAUGCGCAUUGCCCCGCGAGUGGGGCUACCACGUCCUCUAAUGAUGAGUCUGGAAGCAUAGUUCCUCGAGGAGCGUGCGGUGCCUUUGUCACGGCACUGGAAGACGAGUUCAUGUCUAGCACAGUUUUAAUUGUAGCUGUCCGACGAGCUGCAGUUCACUCACUUGGUCAAUUGGCAGCGAAUAGGCCAGCAUUUGCUACUACCGCUCUGGAUCAUCUAUCUGAUAUGUUCAACGAUGAGAUUGUUGAGGUUCGCCUUGACGCUAUCGCUGCUUUAACACCACUCAUUGUGCAUGGAGAACUGCAGAAGGAACAGUUGGAGACUGUAUUGAAGUGCUUAGACGUAAAUUACGGUCCAUUUAAUUCAUGAUU